UGGAAAUGGACUGAUCCAGUCACCGCCCUAUACAGUGAUGGAAAUGGACUGAUCCAGUCACCUCCCUACACAGUGAUGAAAAUGGACUGAUCCAGUCACCGCCCUAUACAGUGAUGGAAAUGGACUGACCUAGUCACCUCCCUAUUCAGUGAUAGAAAUGGACUGAUCCAGUCACCUCCCUACACAGUGAUGAAAAUGGACUGAUCCAGUCACCGCCCUAUACAGUGAUGGAAAUGGACUGAUCCAGUCACCUCCCUAUACAGUGAUGGAAAUGGACUGAUCCAGUCACCUCCCUACGCAAUGAUGAAAAUGGACUGAUCCAGUCACCUCAUUAUACAGUGAUGGAAAUGAACUGAUCCAGUAACUUCCCUGUAUAGUAAUGUAAAUGGACUGAUCCAGUAACUUCCCUAUAUAGUAAUUGAAAUGGACUGAUCAAUUCACCCCUAUAUAGUAAUAGGAAUGGACUGACCCAGCCACCUCCCUAAAUAGUAAUGGACUGAUCCAUACACCCCCUAUAUAGUAAUAGGAAUGGGUUGAACCAGUCACCUCCCUUUAUAUUAAUAGGAAUGGAUAAAGCUGAUCUGGAUUUUUCCACUGAUGCCUUCAGAUGGGGGGGGGGGGGGGUGUCCAUUUGUGCCUAGAACUGGAUCACUCCAGUAAAGUAUUUGUCAGUGGAAUGUUCCAAUAUGUAGUUUGGGGUCAUGGACCUUUCCAAUAAUCAGCUCUUAGGCUGCAGACUGUACUAGUGAUCUGCAUUCUGGUGUUACGGUAGGCCCCAUCUAGGCCAUGGACUGAAUGAUCCCAGUCCCGUCCUGCAGCUGUGGACGUGCACUGGGGGCAGGGUUGGGGACUCUAGAAAUAUUGGUCGGGGGGAGAAGCUGCUGGCAAAACAGAACCAUAAUCAGAAAACCCAACAGUGAACCCAACCGAGGCCUGAUGUGUGAAGAACGGAGGAGGAAUGUUCUGACCAAUGUCUCCUGAGGUGGAGACAUCUGGAGAAGGAUACUAGAUGUGCUCCCAGCCACAGUCCGCUCUGCCUACAGCCCGCAAUGGACAGACAAGUGUUCCUCAUAGUCACAUCCAGAGCUGCAUUCACAAUUCUACUUUUAUAUACUCGAAGACCUCAGGUUGGAUUUAUCUGGGCUUGAUCCAACAGCAGGAUUGUGAAUGCAGCUCUGGAAUGUGACUGGAGUAUGAUGUGAUAUAGCAGAAUUGUGAAUACGGCUCUGGAAUGUGAUUGUGGCGGAGCACACAUGGAGGCACCGUGGUUCCUCGCCCUUUGGGUCACUCUCUUAGGGUGCAGCCUGUAACUAUCAUGAAUGGUUAUGAUCAGGUGGAGGUCGUCGGUGUAGAGAUCAUCAGCCCACCUGUCAGGUUCCUCAGUGAGGUAGAAAGAUUUAUCCAAAAACCUCAAGACGUGUUAGUCUGUCUGGACAAGGAGACAAACAUGUAUGCAGCUACUGUCGGAGACCACAGGGGGCAGUAUUAGAAGAGAGCAGUCACUAUAGGAGACCACAGGGGGCAGUAUCAGAAGAGAGCAGUCACUCUAGGAGACCACAGGGGGCAGUAUUAGAAGAUAACAGUUACUAUAGGAGGCCACAGGGGGUAUUAUUAGAAGAUAACAGUUACUAUAGGAGGCCACAGGGGGCAGUAUUAGAAGAUAGCAGUUACUAUAGGAGGCCACAGGGGGCAGUAUUAGAAGAUAACAGUUACUAUAGGAGGCCACAGGGGGCAGUAUUAGAAGAUAACAGUUACUAUAGGAGACCACAGGGGGCAGUAUUAGAAGAUAACAGUUACUAUAGGAGGCCACAGGGGGCAGUAUUAGAAGAUAGCAGUUACUAUAGGAGACCGUGGAGGGGGGAGUUAGUAUUAGAAGAGAGCAGUCACUAUAGGAGACCACAGGGGGCAGUAUUAGAAGAUAGCAGUUACUAUAGGAGACCACAGGGGGCAGUAUUAGAAGAUAGCAGUUACUAUAGGAGGCCACAGGGGGCAGUAUUAGAAGAGAGCAGUGACUAUAGGAGACCGUGGAGGGGGGAGUUAGUAUUAAAAGGGGUUGCAGUUACUAUAGGAGACCACAGGGGGCAGUAUUAGAAGAGAGCAGUCACUAUAGGAGACCGUGGAGGGGGUAGUUAGUAUUAGAAGGGGUUGCAGUCACUAUAGGAGACCACAGGGGGCAGUAUUAGAAGAGAGCAGUGACUAUAGGAGACGGUGGAGGGGGAAGUUAGUAUUAGAAGGGGUUGCAGUUACUAUUGGAGACCACAGGGGGCAGUAUUAGAAGAGAGCAGUUACUAUAGGAGACCACAGGGGGCCGUAUUAGAAGAGAGCAGUGACUAAGUAUAGAAGACCAUGGGGGGCAGUAUUAGAAGAGAGCAGAUACUAUAGGAGACCACAGGGGGCAGUAUUAGAAGAGAGCAGUUACUAUAGGAGGCCACAGGGGGCCGUAUUAGAAGAGAGCAGUUACUAUAGGAGACCAUGGAGGUAUUAGAAGAGAGCAGUUACUAUAGAAGACCACAGGGGGCAGUAUUAGAAGAGAGCAGUCACUAUAGGAGACCACAGGGGGCAGUAUUAGAAGAGAGCAGUUACUAUAGAAGGCCAUGGGGGGCAGUAUUAGAAGAGAGCAGUUACUAUAGAAGACCAUGGGGGUCAGUAUUAGAAGAGAGCAGUGACUAUAGGAGACCACAGGGGGCAGCAUUAGAAGAGAGCAGUUACUAUAGAAGACCAUGGGGGGCAGUAUUAGAAAAGAGCAGUUACUAUAGGAGAUCACGGGGGCAAGAUAAUAAGAGAGCAGUUACUAUAGGAGACCCCGGGGGAAGGGGUAGUAUUACAAGAGAGCAUUUACCACAGAAGGCAGUAUUUAGGGGGUUCGCAGUUCCUAGUGGAGACGACAGGAGGCAGUAUUAGAAGAGUAAUUACUAUAGGAAACUACAGGGGCAGUAUAAGAGUGGUCACAGUUACUAGUGGAUAGAGGUCAGUAUGAGAAGAGAGCAGUUACUGCUGGAGACCACAGGAGGCAGUAUUGUCAGGUGUCACAGUAAGGAGUUGCAUACUAAUAGGGAACACAAAAGUUGUUAUUGUAAGGAGCUGCAGUUAGUAGUGUAGACUACAUGGAAGCAGUAUUGUAUUACUAGUGAGGACCAUAGGAAGCAGUAUUGUAUUACUAGUGAGGACCAUAUGAGGCAGUAUUGUAUUACUAGUGAGGACCAUAGGAAGCAGUAUUGUAUUACUAGUGAGGACCAUAGGAAGCAGUAUUGUAUUACUAGUGAGGACCAUAUGAGGCAGUGUUGUAUUACUAGUGAUGACCAUAGGAGGCAGUGUUGUAUUACUAGUGAGGACCAUAGGAGGCAGUGUUGUAUUACUAGUGAGGACCAUCGUAGGCAGUGUUGUAUUACUAGUGAGGACCAUCGGAGGCAGUGUUGUAUUACUAGUGAGGACCAUCGGAGGCAGUGUUGUAUUACUAGUGAGGACCAUCGGAGGCAGUGUUGUAUUACUAGUGAGGACCAUCGGAGGCAGUGUUGUAUUACUAGUGAGGACCAUCGGAGGCAGUGUUGUAUUACUAGUGAGGACCAUAUAAGGCAGUAUUGUAUUACUAGUGAGGACCAUCAGAGGCAGUGUUGUAUUACUAGUGAGGACCAUAGGAGGCAGUGUUGUAUUACUAGUGAGGACCAUAGGAGGCAGUGUUGUAUUACUAGUGAGGACCAUAGGAGGCAGUGUUGUAUUACUAGUGAGGACCAUAGGAGGCAGUGUUGUAUUACUAUUGAUGACCAUAGGAGGCAGUGUUGUAUUACUAUUUAUGACCAUCGGAGGCAGUGUUGUAUUACUAGUGAGGACCAUCGGAGGCAGUGUUGUAUUACUAGUGAGGACCAUCGGAGGCAGUGUUGUAUUACUAGUAAGGACCAUAGGAAGCAGUAUUGUAUUACUAGUAAGGACCAUAGGAAGCAGUAUUGUAUUACUAGUGAGGACCAUAGGAGGCAGUGUUGUAUUACUAGUGAGGACCAUAGGAGGCAGUGUUGUAUUACUAGUGAGGACCAUCGGAGGCAGUGUUGUAUUACUAGUGAGGACCAUCGGAGACAGUGUUGUAUUACUAGUGAGGACCAUCGGAGGCAGUGUUGUAUUACUAGUGAGGACCAUCGGAGGCAGUGUUGUAUUACUAGUGAGGACCAUCGAGCAUCGGAGGCAGUGUUGUAUUACUAGUGAGGACCAUAGGAGGCAGUGUUGUAUUACUAGUGAGGACCAUCGGAGGCAGUGUUGUAUUACUAGUGAGGACCAUCGGAGGCAGUGUUGUAUUACUAGUGAGGACCAUCGGAGACAGUGUUGUAUUACUAGUGAGGACCAUCGGAGGCAGUGUUGUAUUACUAGUGAGGACCAUCGGAGGCAGUGUUGUAUUACUAGUGAGGACCAUCGGAGGCAGUGUUGUAUUACUAGUGAGGACCAUCGGAGGCAGUGUUGUAUUACUAGUGAGGACCAUCGGAGGCAGUGUUGUAUUACUAGUGAGGACCAUCGGAGACAGUGUUGUAUUACUAGUGAGGACCAUCGGAGGCAGUGUUGUAUUACUAGUGAGGACCAUCGGAGGCAGUGUUGUAUUACUAGUGAGGACCAUCGGAGGCAGUGUUGUAUUACUAGUGAGGACCAUCGGAGGCAGUGUUGUAUUACUAGUGAGGACCAUCGGAGACAGUGUUGUAUUACUAGUGAGGACCAUAGGAGGCAGUUUUGUAUUACUAGUGAGGACCAUCGGAGGCAGUGUUUUGCGGGGUGAGAGUCACUAGAGAGGACUCCAUUGGGCAGUAUUAUAGUGGGUCACAGUUUCUAAUGGGGACUAUGUCACAGAAGAAGUGUGUUGGACCUCAGUAGUUAGUGACCAUAGAUGACGGCUUUAGAUCGGGUCUCAGUUACUAGUGAAGCCCAUGAGGGUCAGAAUUGAAUGUAGUUACUAGUGGAGACCACAAGGGGCACUGUUGGAUUGUAGCAGUUAUUGGUGCGGACCUGGAUUCAGUAAUUGGUAGAUCACGGUUCCUGUGGAUGAGGCCACAUCACUUGUAAGACCAAAGAUUGCCGUGCAGCCGUUGAACCCAUUGCAACUUCGGACUGUUACCCCAUUCAGUUCAAUGGCUGCAUUGGUUUGUAGCAUUUAAUGGUGGGGGUGACGGGGACAGUUUUGGAUUGUAUUAAGUUACCAGCACAAGUCACAGGGGUCGGUAUUGUAUAUACUAGUCUUUUAUAAGCCACGUGUUCAGCAGUGAAUGGGUUAAUGAA